AUGGAAACUUGUGAGAAAAAAUAUGAGACUUUUCUCUCAGACAAUUCUUCAAGAUGCGCUAUUUUUUAUAGACAACCUAUUCACUUAUCAUAUGGGGAUGCUGUUCUUGGUAUAUUACUGAGCGGAUCCAUUUUGUACAUAUAUACAAGAGAGAGUCAGCAAAGAACGUCGUUCAACCUUAUCUGUGCCAUCCGAGCUGCUAACAACAUUCUAGUGAUGAUAACUGGUUUUGUCUUGGUUUAUAUUCCAGGCGCAUUGUUAGGCUUUUCCGUUUUUCCCAAAUGGCUGGAGUCAUUUUUGAUAUGCGUCAGUCUCAACUUUUACCUUUUCAAUGAGUUUCAAAGUAUUUAUAUUUCGAUGAAUCGAUUCACUGCCAUCUAUUUUCCGAUUUGGUACAACUUUUUCUGUGGAUUCUAUGCAACAAUUUUUGUGCAAGUCCUUUUAUACGGUCACCGAUGUGUCAAUGUUGGUUAUGAAACAUAUCAGAGAACCAGUGAGAAAUCGAAGCUUCUAAAACCAAAUUCUCACAAAGACUCGGAGAACAACAGGAACAUAAAAAGAAAUAUUAAAUUGUUCUUACAAACUGUACUACAAGAUGUUCUCUUCUUCAUCGACAACUUUUUCACAUCCAUUAUGAUGUAUUUCGGAAACACUCCUAAUGAAAUUUAUUUUGUUACUUUCAGCGGUCUCAUUCAACACCGGUUUUGGUUCUUCAUUUGUGCCACAUUCGUCUGGCAAACUAUACACGUCAUCGAUGGGCUCGUUAUGAUAAUGUUUAAUGAUCGAUUCAGUCUUUUGAAAAGGUCACUUUUUCCUUCGCAAUCAGCUCCAGUGAGUAUGAUUGUCGAGUCAAAUUCAUGGAGGAAUCAACCAAGAAGACAAGACAUUCCAAUGGUUGCAUGA